GCUACAAUUCAAGAAUUUGUAAAGAUGCUAUUCGUCUUGGGACUGCUUACCUGUCUUUUUCCUUUUUUGUACGUGAUAGCUCCAUCCAUCAGGAAGUACUUUGCUGGUGGGGUUUGUAAAUCAAACGUACAACUUCCUGGAAAGAUAGUGGUGAUCACCGGCGCCAACACAGGCAUUGGCAAAGAGACGGCCCGAGAGCUCGCUCGCAGAGGCGCCCGAGUCUACAUUGCCUGCCGAGAUGUAUUGAAGGGGGAAUCUGCCGCCAGUGAAAUUCGAGCUGAUACGAAGAACUCCCAGGUGCUGGUGCGGAAACUCGACCUCUCUGAUACCAAAUCCAUCCGAGCCUUUGUGGAGGGCUUUCUGGCAGAGGAAAAGAAGCUCCACAUCUUGAUCAAUAAUGCAGGAGUGAUGAUGUGUCCGUAUUCCAAGACAGCGGAUGGUUUUGAAACCCAUGUGGGAGUCAACCACCUGGGCCACUUCCUUCUCACCUACUUGCUCCUGGGGCGGCUGAAGGAAUCUUCUCCUGCACGGGUGGUGAACCUGUCAUCAGUGGUACACCACGCUGGCAAGAUUAAUUUUCAUGACCUACAGAGUGAGAAGAGCUACAGCCCGUUUUUUGCCUAUUGUCACAGCAAACUAGCCAAUGUGCUUUUCACUUGGGAACUGGCCAAGAGGCUCCAAGGCACAGGAGUUACCACUUAUUCGGUGCAUCCAGGCAUUGUCCGUUCCGAGUUGAUCCGACACUCCCUUCUGAUGUGCUUGCUCUGGAGGCUCUUUUCCCCCUUCCUCAAGACAGCACGCGAAGGGGCCCAGACCAGCCUACACUGUGCCCUCGCUGAGGGCCUGGAGCCCCAGAGUGGCAAGUACUUCAGUGACUGCAAGAGGACCUGGGUGUCUCCAAGGGCCCGGAAUAAUAAAACAGCUGAGCGCCUGUGGAGAGUCAGCUGUGAGCUUCUAGGGUUACAGUGGGACUAAAACUGGUGAACAAGCUACAGUUGUAUGGGGUUCAAUCCAUGCCACCAAGAAAGGUGAUCAAAGAGAAGGCCAACCCUGAAUGACUGACCUCCUGGUUGACAACUAUUGCAAAUUCUGCCUUCCUCUGAUGCUCCCGAUGAUCCUGGAAGAAAUAUUUGUACAUCCAAUGCUCUUGCAAGGUUGGCUCAUGGCACAAUAUGCUCAUACAUAUAUAAUACUUUCCCCUAAGACUUGCAUAUACAGUCACCUCUGGGUACAAAAAGACAGGACAGACUGGGCACAGUGAAGGAUCCUGGAAAAUGGGUCAACUUCUUGCGCAAGACAAAAUGGCAGCCUUUUCAGAUGAGAUGACAAGAGUAACAGUGUUAUGCAUUUCUAGGAAUUCUGGACUCCAAUAUGAGUCUGGUCUUUUUCUUCUAUGAAAGAAUUAUCACAACUCUGGAUUGUGGACUAUCCUUGGAAUGUUGACUAAUCCCACUUCCUUCCCCUG